GAGAGAGAGGAAGAGAGAGAGAGAGAGAGAGAGAGAGCUGGCAGUCUGUUUGCCUUGCAUAACAUACGCUGUAGCUCUCACACGUAGGGCUAGUGAAACAGCGCAGACGAGGGGACUUCCUUUACCCUCAGUCCUCCGAGCAAUUGUCGAAGGAAGUGGAGGAGAGUGAAGGUGGGGGGGGGGAUUGGACAUGGAAGAAAACAUAAAUCAGAGGAUUGCGUGUGUGACCUGAUAGCAGUGCUAAACCUGGACAAAGGACAGCUUGCCAGUGGGUAGAGUGAGUUACGCUCGUAGUGCAGAGAGAGAGAGAGAGAGUUGUUAAAGGCUCCCCUAUAAAGAAAGGUACGGACCAGUAGACAUCAGUGAGAGAUGAUUCCACAUGAAGCAUUUGGAUCCUUUCAUUAUAAGAGUCCUGACAAUGGGCGAUACUAUAGUAAAAGUGGAGCAAAGUAAUAGAACAAUGAAAAUCUUGACAACUGAGUUCUACUUUGAACUUUAAAACAUCCUGAUCAAGACAAGUGGGUUAAAAUACAGGACAAGCUCCAAGACCAUGAAGUCUAACCAGGAGCGUUGUAAUGAAUGCCUUCCGCCAAAAAAGCGGGAGAUUUUAGCUCUGGAAGAGAAGCAGGUGUUGGUGUCAGCUGCUGUUGGUGAGAGCCAGAGUGGAGAGAAUUUGGCUUGGCUAGCCAGUGUUGCUACCAUGGCUAGCAUGGCCCACAUCCCCAACAAUGCAGGCCCAUCACAGAGCAACAGUGCUGAGCCUGACAGCCCCCCGCCAUCAAAUAAGGCUCUCACUGUGGUGACAGAAUAUCCUCCAACUACUACAUCUGCUGGCUUUUCAUUCUCUUCCAAUAGCUCCACAUACAAGGGAGUUUUCUCUGGGCCUACCGUGCUAACAGCCAAUCCUGCGGUUCUCUCUACAAGCCUUCCUCAAACCAUAGGCUCCGUCCAAUACACGCAACUUCCCCCCAAUCUCCAGCUCAUAGGGCCCUAUACAAGUUAUAUCUCUUCACAGAUUGUGCCAUCCACAACCAGUCCAACACAGCCACGGAGGGCGCCACAAGAGGUUUUGGCCACAACAGCUGUCAUCUCCCAAGCAUCCAGCCUUGAUUCACCGAAUCAUCAUGUGAUUUCUUCUAUACCAAAUGUUUCCCAUAGUCAAUGCAUCCAGGUAGAGAGUGCUCCUUUGGGUUUGACAGUGUCCUCCCCUUCUGCCCAACUACCCAUUCAAAUCCAUCCACAUUCAGCAGUCCUUGCCCCUCAUGCCCUGGCCCUCACCCCCUCUCAAGUGGUUCUACACUACACAGAUGGCUUCAUCGCAAAGCAACCAGACUCCCAUCCAAGAGAAAUGCAGAAUGGUACACUUGGAGAGAUUUCAAUGGUCAAGCACAGUACUGCCAAAGGGAUUCCUAGCCAGUCAGAAGGUGACCAAAGCCACAAGCAAAACCACAACUUGGGCCUCCAGACCCAAGCUCAGGUUCUGCUUCCAGCAGACUACAGCACUCAUGAGAGAACAGGACUGCAGACAUCCCUGAUGUUGGUAUCCAGUAGCCACCUUGCAGCAAACAGCAACUCAGAGCUCCAAAGUAUCUUGAAUAAGGACCACUCUUCAUUGCACCUUGCUGAGAGAGGAGGGAUCUGCAUAGGCAAACCAAUGUCCAGAGUGUCUGCCCUCACUUCCUCAGACAGCCAAGUUUCUCCGGCCUCCACAAUCUCCCCCCACACACUCCUGCAGGCUCCUCACAACAGUCCCCAACAGGAGCUCUCCACCAGCCUUUACUCUGCAACGCAGCUCCCAAUCAUUGGCUACAUCACCAGUGCUUCUGGUGGACCCCAGCAAGCAGUAACUGGUUAUCAGAGCAACCUGCCACAGCACGUGGUGAUCUCAGGCAACCCCUCCUUGCUCAUUCCGGUGAGUGCCACUAACAUCAAUCCAACUACUGCUGAGCCGGAGGUUACCCGCUGUUCUGUCAUCCCCAGUGCUGCAAAUGCAUCAACAGCUCUGCCUCAGACGUUUAUUAAUACAUCCCCACCUGCAGCUCCAGCUUCAGUUGUACCCAAUGGUAAAGACAUCACAGUCUCCGAUGGGGGUCAUGCCUCCUGUGUUGUGCCAAGUCCAACCCAAAUACAGCUGCCUGUUCUUUCAGCCAAUGUAGUGGGGUCUCCAGUUCCUGUAACACCUCCAACAUCCACAAGCCCUCACAGCUCACCAUCAUCACCAUCAGCAGGCCUACCACCAUUCUUUAUGAAGGGCUCUAUUAUCCAGUUGGCAGAUGGCGAACUAAAGCGUGUGGAGGAUCUGCGGACAGAGGACUUUGUUCAAAGUGCAGAGGUUAGUGGAGAACUAAAGAUUGACUCCAGCACUGUAGAGCGCAUAGAAUGCAGCCGCACACCCAAUGCUGUCAUCAUACAGUUCUCAGUGGGAGAGAACAAAGCCCAGGUCUGUGUUGAGGUUCUGGUGGAAUACCCUUUCUUUGUGUUUGGUCAAGGUUGGUCGUCCUGCUGCCCUGACCGCACCACCCAGUUGCUAGCACUAUCCUGUGCCAAACUCUCUGUGGGUGAUGUUUGUAUCUCUCUAACCCUUAAAAGCCUAAAAGAUAGCAUUCAAAAGAAAGAUAAUUUUUCAGACUCUAUGACGAAACACAAACCAGCCAAAAACAAUGGGCCAAUUGAGGAAAGACAAACCCAAAUGGAGGAUCUUAAGAAAGGACACAAAAUGACAUCAGGAGUGGAAAAUACUGCAGGAACACUGGUUGAGACUUCUAAUUCGAGAAAUGUUUUAACCCUCUUGGAGAAUGGGGGAAUCAUUUCUCAGACACAGGUGAACCUCCAGACCCAGUCAGAAAAAACAUGCACAUUUAGUGUCGAGAAAGCCGUUAGCCGCAAGAGGAGAUGGUCUGCUCCAGAAAGGGGAGAAAUGUGGAGGUCUCAAGAGGACCCUCAGAUUUUACCCAAAUUUCCCUUCCUCCCACAUCAGCUGAAGGUCAGCAUCGAGGGCCGCUCUAGCACAGGUUGCUGAGGAUGUUCAGAACUCCAUAGAGCAGUGGUGGGGAGUCAAUUUCUAAACAAGAAAUACAUUAAUUAGCCUUACUUAAUUCAUUUUAAUUUCACAUAAUGGUGAAUAACUGAAUAAAAAUUAUUUUUGCUUGGUGUCCAAGAAAAUGCUUUUGCUUUAACAACAAAAACUCAGAAUACUUUCCCCAUCACUGCCAUGGACUCCAAGAGGGACAAGGAAGAGCAGAUUUACUUUUCGGUACUUUUUGCUUUCCUAUCACAUUCAUUUCCAGGUUACUGUAACUUUAGAACAUUUUACACAAAAAUGUGUUUGAUCAUUUGAGUCAUGUCAUUUGUACUAUUUAUCCUUAGACAUUCAUGUUAAUUAAGCUGGACAAGUAAGUUUUGGGUUGUAUAUUGCAAGGUCUGACCACUUUUUUCUCAGCUUGCUGAGCAGUUGGUGUCUAAUGUUUGUCUACUGUUAUCUGUACUGAAUUCAUUCAUAAUCAGGGCUUUGAUAGAAUAAGGACUGUUACAUGGAUUGAUGGCAAAAGGUUACCAGUAAGACAUGUCAUUUGUGUGACUAUGAUUACGAGUGACUUCCGCAGGUUGUUUGAAAAUGAUUAUCUUGACAGAAGCAGCCUUCCACUUGUUACUGCCCCCAAUAAUCCCUUGCUUACAUAAUGUCAUCUGAGAGUGACAGGCUUUGCUCGAGUGACUACUUUAAAUCAGACUUAAGACAAGUAAAGCGUCAAGAUACAACAUUGAAUGUUAAAUGAUUUAUCCAUGAUAUAUGUUAAUUUAAUUGCUGGUAGUCUUCUAGAUAUGCAAUACUGAGCUUUCACAUACCUCAUGUGUGCAUUUAACAAUUAACCCAAUCAGAUGGCCUGAUCGGAUCUGUGAUCUCAGUUUUAAGUGAGAAAAAGUUGGAGAAAUCUUCACAUAGUCAAAGUGGCUGUGUAGAGGAGUCUCUGUUCAAGUCAGAAUUAGCACUUUAAAGAAAGGUUAGGGCAAGUUGAAUGAAUGGAUGGAAACAUUCCCACCUUUGUUUUGUUACUACAGCAACAGACCAUUUUGAGUGCGGUUAGUCAUUUUGUGCAUUGCUACCAUUUUAUGUGCAAAGAACUUCUCAUUUAGUGUUUUUCAAUAACAAUGUCUUCUUUACACUAUUUUAAGUAUUGUGGGCCUUAAUCAGUCUGGCUGCAAUAAUUAUUUUUUUGUUAAAGACACAAUAUAUUUGCCAUACAACAAAAUGUACGCAGCAUACUCAAUAUUCAAAACAAGCCAGGCUUUACAGGUGUAUCACAAACAGAAUUGGUCUUUUUAUAUUGAGUUGAUUAUAUAAUAAAUUUAGCAUCUGAUAAAGUUGACAUAGAUAUGAUCAUUUAAAUAGUAAGAAUCAGUGGAUCAAAGGAGCAUGCCGUGCUUUGCUUAAUAAAAAAAAAAUCUAAAUUUCCAGAAAGAAAAUCCUGAAAUGACAAUGCUUCUCACAGACUCAUUUUGUGUGCUUCAAAAUAAUUUAUAGCAGUAUGCUAAUGACCUAAACAUGUCUUUGUCAAUCUUUUAACUUCUCUGCAGAGAUAAAAAAAAAAAAAUACAAUAAGAAUGUUGAGACACUAACUUUAGAUCUCAAUUUAUCCACAUUAUCGAUUUUCUCUGCCUUUAUCUUUGCUGUGCCGGUCAUGUUAAAGGAAUUAAUUUAUUACACUGCAAUGAAAAAUAACAGCGAAGGUAAUUAUCCACAAACUUUCUUUUUUUAAAUGACAAAUGUAAUUGCUCUAUUCCAUAAACAAAAGCCUUAUGGGAUUGUCUUCAGAUUUAUUUUGUGUGAAACGGUCACAAAAUAAUUCUUACCUAACUUAACUGACUGUUUAAUACGUAAUGAGUGCUGUUAAAAAUUCAGAAAAAAAAAAUCUUUGAAUACAUCUAAAAAUUUUGCUAUUUGCACAAGUAAACAUUUUAAAGAGUAAAGCAGCGUGUGUAUGGAAUCUUAUAGUUAACACCUCAUAUUGCCAGCUUUGUAGGUCACCUAAAACUAUACAUUUUGUGUAUGUGUGGUCAUGAGUGUGAUUUUUUUUCACUUAAGUCAGUUUGUUGACUGACUUGAAAAAGGUAUUGUUGAGUCUAGGGUUAUAUUCAGAUGGAAUCACAAUAGACCUCAUAUUGUAGAAGUAAUGCUUGAUUGCACAUUCAGUCCAAUUUGGAUUUGGAUUUUAUGCACUUUUGAAGAGAGAGGACAAUGAAAGAGAAAUGAAAGGGAUUGUUGAUUGGUAGCCACACCGCUACAAUAUGUUCAAUGCAGUCUAUUGUACUGGUGAUAUUGGUAAGGCAGUAGAAAACUCAGUGCUAUUACAAUAGACUAGAAACCAUUACAAAAGUGUCAAUGUUUCUGGAUUGUUGUUUGUUUCAAAUGUAUCAUUGUUCUCUCUCUUUUCUCUCUCUCUUUUCCUGUGUAGCUAUGUACAUGUAAACCUCAGUGUGUUUGUGCACUGUGUGGAUAACUUCAUUGAAGACAGUCAGGUUUCAACACUGGUGGCAACGAACACUCUUAUCCAGUGUGUGUGCUAUUCUGUUUCAACCUAACAACAGCGAUUUAUUAUCAUCUGCAUCAAAAAAAAUACUUUUUGUUUGUUUGUUUAUUUUUUAAAAGAAGGCUGUCAACCACUUGAAGGCAUAAAAGCAUUAUAGCGAUUUAUAGUCAAAUUGCAUUCUCAGGUUGAGAAACUGGCCCGACUGUUUAUGUUCCUGUGUUACUUCGCUCAGUUACAAAAAAAAAAAAAAAAAAAAACGAGCUGGUGAUCAUUUUAGCUCCAGUGCAAUGACUCAUGGGAAGUCACUGGCUGACUAUUGCUCCCUCUACAGCCCAUCACUGUACAUGCACCCAAUGUACAAAGAAGGCUAACUUUUAACUAGCAUGACAUGUUGUGAAUGUAGCUCACGUGCUUGCUAUUGAAAAUGCAUUCAUAUGGGAAAAAACUACUUUCUGUUGUAUGUACAGAUUUGGGCGUCAACAAUAUGGCUUUUUAUAUUAUAUAGAUAUACAUCCAAAGACAGUCAGAAUUUGCUGUAUGCAUAUGCCUCAAUGGUCCAUAGCCAGGAUUAGUUCUAGCAAUACCACAAGGCCUCAUUUAGGGUUGGAAGACCAAACUUGAUGUCUAGUUAAUUGACCCAUAGCAUACACAUCAUUGAUCUCAUUGUUUUGUUUAGUUUUUUUCUUUCAAGGAAGAUCUAGAUCUUUUACCUCCCGCUAAAACCUCAAUCGCCAGAGUGACAUUUCUUCAACAAAGAAGAAAAAAAGCACAUAACUGAUUUCUCAUUUUCUUAUAUAUUCGAUGUAAACGACUAUACUUGUGUGAUUCGUUGUACCUGUGAUAUUUUUCUCAUUCUUUGACAAGCUCCUUUUCUACAAACUGACAAAAAGCAAUUAAGACAGAAGUCAACCUCAACUUUUCUAACUGUGGCGUGUUUAUGUGAACAGAGCAUCCAAGACUGUUCAGUGAAGUCAGUGAUCAUUUCUUUGGUGGUGCUUGCAAGUUUUUGUAGCUGUUUUGAUUUUUGUGAAAUGGAAAGGAACAUCGGACUCGACUUUUGGCUAAUAUGUCUAGUUCAAUGACUUCCUGUAUAGUACAAAUCUAUUGUAUCUGUAUAAUCACUCUAAUAAAAUACUGUGCCAAUUUUA